AUGACAGCUCUCGAGUUGUGUGAGACGGACGAUCUCGCCACCAGCCUGGUCCUCGACCCUUACCUGGGAUUCAGCACUCACAAGAUGAACCUCAGGUGUGAGCGUAUUGUGAUCCUGCUGUACCUGAGCGCCUUCCUGCCUCAGAGCGGCUUCCUGAUCCAGCCGUGCGACCGCUACUCCUCUGAGACCAACGGAGCCAAGAUCAUAGCGACCAAGCACUGGAGUGUGAAUCAGCAGCUGGAUUUGCUCCUGGGGUGUAUUGCUGAGCUGGGAGACUCCGAGCUCGCUCUCCUCAGGUCAGGGGUGAAUGAUUUCAGUGUAAUGUACUCCACCCGCAAACGCUGUGCCCAGCUGUGGCUCGGACCUGCAGCCUUCAUCAACCACGACUGCAGACCGAACUGCAAGGUAAGUCCACACUCAAUCCACACUCAAUCCACACUCAAUCCACACUCAAUCCACACUCAAUCCACACUCAAUCCACACUCAAUCCAC